AAUAUAAAUUUGAUUUUGAAAUUUUUUUUUUGAUAAUUGCAUAUUAUCGUGACAAAGUAUUGAUAAACAGUCGAUUGUAAUUGUUAAAUGUACUCUGAUUAAAGUGUAAAAUAUGUGGCACUAUGAAAAACACUGAAUCGUGCGGGUGGCGUCGAUUGAUUGGGUGUGAAAAUUCGGCUCGAAAAACGACUCAGCGAAGAAUGUGACAGCAGUUUCCAGUUGGAAUCGCUGCGGGUAAAAAAGUUCUUGAGGAAGAUCCUGAACCAGAUAUUGAUACGGAUUAUCCCGUUAUUGAGCCAACUCUGAGCGCAUGAUAGAUUUCUUUUGAAUUGGUUUAUUUCGUUCAAAUUUAUUUCAUAAGUGUUUUGUAGCGGCUAGCGGACAAACGACAGAAUGGACGUCGAUGAGGAUUACUCACUGGAUGAUGCUGCUGAUGAGUUCGGAAUGCAUUCUCUUGAAGAGGGUGGCUUUGUUGGUUCAGACGAUCUGGUAGAAUAUUCAGCUGGUGAAGACGAUCUAGAAGAAGAUGGAAACAUUAUUAUUAAGACGGAGGAUUGUGUUGAAGACACUCUUCCCAAGUCAGUAAUAAACAGUUCAAAUUUGACAGUAAAACGAGUGACGAACUCCGGUAAACCCAUGACACUUCAGAGAAUUGCACCUAAAUCUUCAGUAAACGUAAUUCGUACAACUAAUUCUGCCGGUAAAGUGGUUCUUAUACAAAGACAACCCCCGUCGACUGUACCUGUAAAGCUACUCAAUAAUGCAAGGCCGGCGGCAAUGACAACCAAUACUACAUCGUAUCACUUGGUCAAAAAUGAAGGCAGUGUUAUGAUGCGACCCAAAGUAGCAGCUUCUUCAACCGUACGUCGAAUGGUCGCUGCAGCUGCUCCUGAUUCUGCUGCUAAGAAAGCACCAACACAUGUUGUGAUUCAAACAAAGUCAUCUACAGCCGGAACUACGACAAAAACCGUAACAGUAGCGGAAGCACACCAAAUGGGGCUAUUAAACAAUAAAGUGAAGCAAAUGGUAUCGGUCGCAAAACCCAAACCCGUAGGGCCGUUGACUGCUAAAUCACCAGUUAAAAUUUUGCCAGGUAGUUCCACUGGAAACACGCCUACUACUGGAACAUUAGUCAAGCUUAAGCAAUCUCCUGGAGCUUCCGGGCAGCACCACAGAGUUCUCAUCAAGGCAAAUCCGGCUUCGGGAGCAACUAAAACAGUGGGACAGCAUCAAAAACUGCUUUUGCCGCAAAGUGCUAUCCAGGCGGGUCAACAAACGGGACAAAUACAGGCAAUAAACAUUCCCGGAAAGGGAAUCCAAUACGUACGUUUCCUAAAUCAGAACUCUCCAAGUACCUCUUCGCGCCCUGUCACUGGGCGAAAAAUUGUACAAGUUGUAAAUAAACCAUCAGCUGCGAGUAUCACUGCAUCCGCGACCGGCUCUAAAGUAUUCGUGCAAAAUAACAAGACUUACGUGUUAAGUAAUGGCAAUGUGGCGACCGCACGUGCCGUUAACUCGUCGUCAAUGCGAGCCAUACCCUCAUCGACAACACAAACUUUAGUACGGAAAACAAUCGUCUCAGCGGAAGGAAAUCAAAUCGGAUAUGUUAAGAAAGAGCCUGAUGCAACCCAUUAUGUAGCAGUUGUUCGGAAGGAAGAUGGUCGAUCUCCGGAAACUGUUACUACAUUAUCUGCGUCGCAAUUAAGCCAGUUGCAGGGUACAACAAUUUCGACUGGAGGUGCCAAAACAAAGAUCGUAAUGGUUCCAUCGGAUUACGCAGUCAGAUCUGUUAAAAACAGCUCUUUCGGGACGACGCUCCAUGGUUCUUCGAACAACAAUACACCAGCAAUAAUUUCGGUAAAGCGUGAAUCGAUGAGUGGAUCAGAGGACGAAAACCGGAAAGGUCCAUCGAUUGGGACGGCUUAUCCUGACGAAGCAUACAAGAAACGACCGUGUAAUUGUACAAAGUCCCAGUGCUUGAAGCUGUACUGUGAUUGUUUCGCUAACGGAGAGUUUUGCUACAACUGCAACUGUCGCGAUUGCUACAACAAUUUGGACAACGAAGAGGAACGACAGAAGGCAAUUCGAGCAACGUUGGAGCGCAACCCAAGCGCGUUCAAGCCAAAAGUUUGCGCGGUAAGUGCUGCAGAAGACUCAUUGCGUCAGCACACUAAAGGUUGCAACUGCAAGCGGUCCGGCUGUUUGAAAAACUACUGCGAGUGCUACGAAGCGAAAAUCCCCUGCUCGAAUAACUGCAAGUGCAUAGGUUGUCGCAACACCGAACAGUUUUCGAAAGAGUUCGAGUACACAACAGGACUGGUGAGCAGCGCGAUAGCGGCCGGUAGUGAAGCGGGUGUUGCAAUUGGUGUCGAUCUGGAACACCUAUCCGGGGACGACAGUAUGGCAGAUGGUGGCGGUGGUCAGGUUGAGGCUUGUUUAGCGAACAUUUCUUCCUCUUCUGUUGCGCUCGCAACCGGUGGACUUGGAGAAUGUUCGACUGCUAGCAGUGGCUCGGGAUUGAAACGUUCUAAUCCGGCUGAACCGGAUCUUACACAGUUUCCACCUUCUAAGCAGCCGUAUAACUUCAUGACACCGGACGUGAUUGAGGCAACGGUGCAGUGCAUGAUCGCACAAGCAGACGAGUGCCAGAAGCGGGGCUGUAAUAUACGUACAGCGGAACGUAUGAUACUGGAAGAGUUCGGACGCUGCCUCGUCGAAAUAAUCGACUUUUCUACUAAAUCGGAUAGUUAAGUAUAGCGCAUACGAUCCUCUCGUACUCUAGUUUUCAUUUGUUCGAUUGCGGAACAAAAGUAUAUUGCACAUAUAUUUAUCUUUGAACCAACAAGAACGCUUUUUAUAUUUAAUACCAGUAGAUCUUAGUGAUUAGUCAUUUGCCAUUGCGAUGGCAGAAAGUAAUAAUAGAGAUGUGUUUUCUUUAUCAUUCGAUGAAGAAUGUGCAACGCAGAUUGUAAUAUAAAAGUGAAGCUUAUCAAAAUUAUUGGACUAUAUACUUAUAAUUUAUCGUUUAUUUUGUUUUUGUUUUUCGUUUGCAAAGCCUAGUCUGUUAUCUCUUCUUUACUGGCAUGGCUGUACACUUUAUUUUCAACAUACUUACAUUUUUUUUCUCUUAGCUGAUUAACAGAAGAUGAACCACCAAAAAUAAAGUUGAGAUAGCGUAAGAUUGCAACUAAUUGCUAGGAAUAGGUACUCCUAUAACAAAAUUUAUUGUCGAUACAUUAGUUAAUUCAAUUAGGAUGAUGUAAAAAUUGUACAAAUAAGUUUUGAGGUUGAUAGUGAAUAGUAGUAUAAUCUAAUCUACUGAUAAAGCUGUAUUUCUCUAAUUCAAUAAUAUAUCGUAAAA